CGUCGAGCUCCGCUGUGUGUACAACACACGUAGCAGAAGUAGUCGUCGAGACAACGUUGACUGUACCGAUGAUGUGCUGGGCAGCUAUGACGUCGUCUUCGAUAUUAUGGAUCAUCGUGCCCUUACUGGCGUCACUGGUGAAAUGUCAACGUCAGGUGGUCGACUUGACCCACGCAUGCAGUAUCGACACCCUCUACUGGCCAGGGGUUCCAAGAUUCAACUUCACCAUCCUGGAGCGGCGCGAGGUGGAUAACCAUUGGUUGGAGAGCAACUGGUUCAGCACAUCCGAACACGGCGGGACCCACCUGGACGCACCUUCCCACUUCUACAGGGGGCAUCCUCGAGUCCAUCAAAUCCCCCCCGAGCGUUUGGUUGGCCCCGGGGUGGUGAUCGACAUCACAAGCCAAGCGGCAAGCAACCCCGACUACCAGGUCCAGCUGAGUGACAUCACUGCCUGGGAGCUGGCACACGGACGUAUACCUCUGGGAUCUGUCGUCAUGAUGAACUCCAACUGGGGGAGUCGAUACCCAAACAGGUCCCUGGUCUUCAACACCAACACGACCGAAGACCCUUCAACAUUCCGUUACCCUGGCUGGCACGUGGCCACGGUGAACUGGCUAGCCACCAACAGACAGGUCAUUAUCAUCGGUGUGGACACUCCGUCAACAGACUUUGGGCGAACACCAAAUUUUGCAGUCCACCAAACGCUUGGUCGGCAUAAUGUUUCAGGAUUGGAAAACAUUGCAAAUUUGGACAAGUUACCACCACGGGGAAUGACCGUAUUUGUCGGGGUGGCCAAAAUAUUGGACGGCAGCGGCGGGCCUGCCCGAGUGUUUGCCAUGAUGGAUGAACCGAAGACUCCUUGCUCCUGUCCCAGAACACAACAGCCACGGUUCCGACAAGAAAGAAGACCUCGGCCUAUUCAGUCCGGAAGUUCCCGGAAUCUGCAAUUGACCUACAUAGGGUUUGUAGGUCUCUUGGUGUUAUAUAACGUCCAGUUUUGAUUCGUUAAUUCGUUUCUGAUGAACACUCUCAAAUUUUACAGACCGAACCGUGUUUGCUUCCAGGUGUUUUUUAUGGAGUGGUGUAGCAAUUAACGAUUGGCGUGUGUUGCACGGGAAGGAUGUUAGUUGUUUAGAUAUGUGUGGCAUCGGUGCAAUAACACACCACUUAUAUUGUAAUUUGCUAUAUAUUCAUUGACGGCAUACACGUAAAUCUAUGGAUGAAACUGAAAAUGUGUCUAUGUGUAUACCGGUUUUCAAUGCUGCGUGAAAAUUAUCACUCGUAUAACCAUCAAUGGCGCGUGUACCGUGGCGCGUGUACAACGUCGUGUAGUGCGUGUACACGACAACAUGUUUCUUUAUUGUAUGUCUGAUUUCGAUAUAUCUAAUAUUAUAGAAAUAUAUAUCAUAAUAUUUAAUCAUGCUCCUGACGACACUUAAAAAUAUACAACCAGUAUAAAUAUUGCUUUGAUAAUACUCUGUUCAUGAACGUAAUGAACUAGACAAAACCUAUAUAAUGUACAGUAAACUACGGUUAUGACGAACUCAAGGCGACCACUAUUUUUAAUUAGUUCGUUAUAAGCAUAUAUACAGCAUAUAUAAAGCAAAUGGACGGGACCCAAAACCAGUUCGUUAUAUCCGUCAGUUCGUCAUAAGGGUGUUCGUUAUAAACGUAGUUUACUGUACAUACACAUUGCUGUAGUCAGUUUUUGAUGUUGAUAAUGCUAUUUCUAUACGAUAUGAUAAUAUUUCACUACACAAGCCAAAUGUAUAUUUUUGAUAAUGAAUAAAUGUGAUAUUUUUUA